CCGGCGACUUGCGGUGUAGUCUGCAAUCAGUUGUCUGGGUGUGUGCUGUAGUUGUUUUGGGAGAGAAGAAUGCCCGAUCCGGCGAAAUCUGCUCCGGCCCCUAAGAAGGGGUCGAAAAAGGCUGUAACAAAGGUGCAGAAGAAGGACGGCAAGAAGCGCAAGCGCAGCCGCAAGGAAAGCUACUCGGUGUAUGUGUACAAGGUGCUGAAGCAGGUCCACCCGGACACCGGCAUCUCGUCCAAGGCCAUGGGCAUCAUGAACUCCUUCGUCAACGACAUCUUCGAGCGCAUCGCUGGCGAGGCGUCGCGCCUGGCACACUACAACAAGCGCUCAACCAUCACGUCCCGUGAGAUCCAGACGGCCGUGCGCCUGCUGCUGCCAGGCGAGCUGGCCAAGCAUGCCGUGUCAGAGGGCACCAAGGCGGUCACGAAGUAUACCAGCUCUAAGUAAGGGAGGCGACAGUCUCUGAAUUUUGUCUGCCACUAAGCAUCAUGGCAGGGAAGAUGGUCAAAUUCCCCCACGUGCCUGUCAGCUGUAUCCCCAGUCUGUCUGUCCUCAGGCCUGAAAUUGCUAACUCAACACCUCCUUGGAGAAAAAUCCCUAAAUCCUGAAGAUACCAAGACAAGAAAAACCCUAAAGGAACACAAUUAUUCCUGCUUUAGCUCGAACCUGCUGGUCCAUUUCCGCGAGUCCUUCUCCAAGUAGGAAACUUGAGUGCUCUGAAAUGGGUCAGGACUCUCAUAAUGAGGCAUCUAUGCUUCCCAAAAGAGUUGAGGGUUCUCCAGACCAAGACUGGACAGCACAGAUGACCCUACUGAUCCACUUCCUUCCCAACUGGUUGCCUGUUCUAUUCCACACCUGUCCACUCAGGGACACUGGGUUUAGGCUCAGAAGGCCAGGCAGGUCAUGAUAGCAAAGGCCUGUAAAUCCAGCACUCGGGAGGACGAAGCAGGAGGAUCUCCUAGAGUUUGAGGCCAGCAGGGCUACAUAAUGAAUUUGAAUUCACUAUGAGUGAGUGAAUUUGGAACAUAGAGACCUUGUCUUUAAAACAGAAACCAAACCACAAAACGUUCUGGCAACUACAGGGGACCAAGAUCCUCGCAAAUGAAGCCUCCUGGCCAGGGAGUUGGAUUCUACACGACCUGGGAGUGAAGACAGAGCCAUCUCCCCACCUGCUUCCUGUCUUUAGGUCCUUUCCUGGGCCUCUUGCAGGCCAGGAAACUUGACAUCCAGGACAGGAGACGCCUUGGACUUUGGUGGACAACGCUCUGUGCUUCGCUCACUUGAGGGCAGCAGGCCUGCUCGGCGCACGCAGGGUCCACACGGCGCGAUGGGGACGCGGCCAGCAGGGAGCCGUCUCCACUGCCCUGCGGCUUCUGUUCCACCACCGCCUCUGGCCGCCUUUGCUUGGGUCUCUCGCGACAGGCCCAGGAGCUGGUUCCUGCGAGCUCUGUGGCCGUGGCCUGGAGUCCUCGCCUCUGAGCGGGCCGCCCUGACCGCGCUCGCACCUGGCCCGCGCUCCUGGUGGGCAGAAGCCCCUGCACCAGGGCGGCGGAGGCCACGAUCUUCAACGCGGCCGGCAGGGGGUGCGGAGCGGGACCCGCCCUCGGGAUCUAGAUAGGAUUGCUCAGCUCCCGCGCUGCUUCCUUCCUGCCGCUGGGCUGUCACCCCUCCAGUCUCGGAAUUUUGUGGGGACGCCCACAAGUUUGGUGCCCCUCUCUGCACCGGAGCGACUAGACCAGAACGAUUGCUUACUGGUCUUUCAGCAGCAUCACUGCUCCCCACUCCCAUCCCCUCUGCUGCUCCACUUAGAGCACAAUUUUCCUUCCUCCAGGUUCCAGGGAAGCAUAUCUUUAGGAAGCCGGUUGCAGAAAAGCUUGCAUCUGAGGUCAGCAGUGCACGCUGGAGAGCACACGGGGGCGCCAGCGGCCCGCCAAGGGACGACCUGGUGAGGGAUGCCUGCAGGGGCCAGGAGCCUUCAGUGGUUUGUCCAACCCAGGUUCUGAAGGAGGGACAAGCUCAAAUUUGUGUAUAACGACGGCUGUCGAAUACAGCAAUCAUUUCCAAUAGGACCUACUAACACAUCCCUUUUAGGGACGGAUAAAUAAACUAAUAAGUACUCACCUAAUAACAUGAACAUGGGUUUAUAGUAUCCAGUGCUUUUUAGCCAAAAUGAAACAAAUAUUCUAGACGAUUCGAGAAAAUAUAAAACAAGAAUUUAACUCCAGCGCACUCCUUUAUUUGGAAAUGCAAUGUUUAUCUGAAAUGUAAAUUUCCUCGGCCUAUCUGGCCACAGCCUAAUUCAGGCAUGAGUAGAGCCGCACAGAGCUGUGCCUGUUCGCGACUCACAGAGGCAGUUAAUAUUUCCCUUCCUCUGUCCACCUUGCUCUCAUGAGUCUCCCUGGGAGCCAAGCAUUUUCAGAAAGAAAAAGAGGUAAGGACUUUAAAUGGGAAGCCAGGUUUGCAUGGCAGUAAUCCCAGCACCCUGGGAGACUGGGGCAGGAGCAUACAAAUUCCUUAGGGAUUUAAGGAGUCUGUAUUAAAAGGAGGGGAGGCUGAGAAGUAGCUCAGAGGGAAGGCCUUGAGUUCAAUGCCAUGUGCCACAAAACAAAAACAAAAACACCCUAAGUAAAAAUGUUUAGAAAUUCUGCCCCACCUUCCCACAAUAUGCUAGCAUGCAGAAUUAUCUCAGGAGGGGCUAGUAUAUCCACAUCUAAAACCUAAUUCUGUCCCUAACCUCUAUAAAUAUAAGGCAAUGGAAGAUGGAAAAGAGGCACUAAUGAGCAGAUUGUCAGUAUGAGGGGCUGGGGAUUUAGCUCAGUGGCAUAAAGCUCCUGCCUCGCAAGCGCACGGUCGUGAGUUUGAUCCCCAGUACCAGUAAAAAAAAAAAAAAAAAAAAAAAAAAGAUUGUCACUAUGAGACCUGUAGUUAGUCCUUUAGAGAGUACUUUGAGACACAGGGUGGAAUACAAUACAGUCCCAAUUGAGGGGUGGCCAAGUGCAUGAUAUUUAUCUGCUAGCUUCCUAUUUUUAUUGACUGAGGAUCCAUCCUGGGUCUUUAACUGGCUUUAGGUGCUCUCUGGUGUAUACAGGUGAAUGUGACUGACAGUGGCAUGUGAGUCCCAAGGGCUCUUCUUUAGGCCAGUGCCAGGUGGCCUGCUCUAAAGGCUCCGGUGAGCACCAUGUCUGCUGUUUCCAGUUCUCUUGGAAAACUGAAAACUUGGUGUGAAGACUUAAACUGAUUAGUGCAUUGUCUUUAUGUCUGAAAGUAAAUUUAGUAACUCAAAAGUGAUACUCUAAGGUACAGUUUCCUUGUCAGUGCCUGAGCAUCUGCUCAAGGGCAGACCCAGAGACAUUUCUGCUCUCCUGUCUUUGGUUUUCCUGUUCCCAAGUAGAGUUAACCACCACCAACUCCAUAUCCACAUGUAGGCUUUGCCAGAGGUGGGAAAUGCUGAGCAAGAAGUGUUUCAGGAUCCUUUCAGCCUCUCUCCUCAGCAGAGUCAGCAAGGACGUUCCAGUACUGGGUGAAGUAAAAAUAAAAAUAAAGAGGAAUGAGCCCCAGAUGGAGAGGGGUGAGUGCCAGGAACAGGCACCCAAGCCCUAUGGGGAAGCAGAGGAUUGGGACCUUACCUGGAGAAGGUCUCAGUGGCCCAAGGCCCUGAGGCUGGAGGAGCAGACAGGAACAUGGGGGACUUGAAGAACCUAUUCCGGGUACAGCUAUGAUCCAGAAAUAAGGAAAGACUGACAUGCAAAUUGCCCAAUUAAGAAAUUUGUGUGAUAAAUGAUUCAUAUAAUAAAUAAAUGAUUCAUAUAAUAAAGUCCCAUUAAAAAAAACUGUGACAAAGAUAUAAACAUGGAAAAGUCUGACAAAGGAGCAUGAAAGGUGACAGUGGGAAGGAAAUUAUGCUAUUUUGCUAUCUGUGUCUGCUCUCCUUCCCAUCAGCCCUUUCCCUGAGAUUUCUGUCCACCUUGUGAGUGUAGGCAGCGCUUUCUGUUCUGAAACUGCACUCCUUCCUCCAGCUUGUGAUUCCCCUGGGGUCUUCUACAGAUAGUUUCACUACUGAGAGUCUUUGGGACUCUUUCCUUUGAGGCUCAUUCCCGUCAGUUCUCAUUCCCCUGUUUCUCCAGCCUGUAACACCAAACCUGUGUAAUCAGUAAAACUUCUGCUACCAUAUGCAGUCACUUCUUUUAUACAAACAUUGGUGGCUGGGGAUGUAGUUCAGAGGCAGAGAGCUUGCCUGGCAGGCAGGAGACCUGGAUUCAACUGCUAAUAUCACAUAAAAUGACACAAACACUGGAGAUAAUAUUGAGGUAAUAAUUGUGCCUUUUUUCUAAAAGUGAAGAGAAGAUUGUUCACUUUUGUACAGAUGACAAGCAGUGGACUCAGGUCCCCUGUUGCUCGGGGAGGCUCCCAGGAGGUUGGUAUUAAAGGUGAGCUUUAUGAAGCACAUGGAGCCAGGGUAGAUGGUUGGUGGGUAUGAUCCCUCUUUGCCAAAUAAGCUACAUUUUGUUGCUAUGUUUGUCACACUUCUUUUUUACCCCUACAUUUCUAUUAAAAUAUUAUUCACAUA